AGCGGAAGUUACAUUUUCGGUAGGUGUAACAUUUUAGGUAGUGAUAGUGACAGUACUACAGUAGGCUAGUAGCGGAAUUCAGAGCGGCGUCACUCUGUCGAAACGCUGUCACGGCAUACAACGUACUUUACAGCAGCUCCCAGGAAAGGCUGAAGUUCUUAAUAAUUAAUAAGAAGUUCAAACCACACCCAGACAGAGUUGGAGUUAUUUCAGCUACAGUUUACUUAAUGAGAAACAUACUGGAUUGGCCUGUGCACACUGUUUCAUUAUUGUACUGCUAACUGCUGCUUUGAAGAAGUAAACUUAAUGAAAGACAACAUCCCUUACUGUGAUUCCAUUGCUCUGACCAGCACUCUUCUGCGAACACCACCCUAUCCCUGAACCACAAGUUAGUUUAAUCCUCCUACAUCCUAACGAAAAGGAACACAGUAUUAUUACUUUUCCUCCACGUUGCAUUUGAGCUCUCUGGUCAUCACCAUGGGUUACGGUUACAGUAAGGAAGAGGAAGAGAUCAUGAUCUCAGAUAUGUUCCAUAUAGCUGAGAGAUGUGGUGUGGUUCCUGAUAUUACCAUCGACGGCUCCUUACUGAUGUACUCAGGACUGGAUUCAACAGCUGUACUAGAACACUACAGUUCUCAGAUGGUCAGUGACCUGGUGAGCAAAGUUCCAGACUAUAUGAACGACCUGGGCUCCUCUUUAUCUGCUUUCAAACAUGUUCAAACGCAGUUGGAUUGGGCGCGUUGGUCAUCUCCUUCCUAUUAGACCUCACGGUCAGUUCUUUGGUCACGGUUCCUGAGGACAGCCCCCUGAACAUGAUGCGCCGGGUCUUCGCUGAGGAAAAGGCCUCGGGGGUCAGAGACUCCAUGGACGAGUACCUGAAACGCCUCCAAAAGUAUGUGUGGGAACCAGAACAGGCGCUAGAAGAGACCAAACGUCUGGAGAAACAGCUGAGUGAGCAGCUGACCCGCCUGAGGAACUCCAUGCUGAAGGACGGCCAAAUGAGCUCCCGCGCCAUGAAGAUCUGGACCAACGGCGCGACGUUCCAUGCGCAGAUGCUAAUCCACGAGGCGCGGCUCAUGAUGGCGGGAUACGGAUCGAAGAAAGAAAAGAACCUUGACCUUCGAGUAGCUUCUGUCAGCAACAUGGUGGAUCACUAUCGAAAGGACUUGGAGGAAUUGUUAGAUAAGUACAAGAGCUAUAAACGCACUAACCUGCACAUGAAUAGACUAGAGAGAGCUUACCCUUUUUCCCCCGAUUACUGUUAUAUUUGUGACAUUGAGCUUAGGAUGUGUACAGAGCGCAAUCCUACAGCUUACCGCCAUGAUCUUUUUAAGUUUAAUUAUUGUGGCGGAUCAUUGGGCGCCUACAUGAACUACAUGUUUAGCAACUGGGAAGGGAAUCUUUCGGAGAACUGGCGGCGAAGGAUUCAACAAUUUCAUCUAUACCUGGCCGCCACGGAGAAGGAGGGUAAGCCGGAGAAGCUUCAGUGCUCGCUGCUGCUUCAGUGUGCCGGGGAGCAGGCGCAGGAGUUAUACAGCACGUUUACUUUUGCCAACGAUGACGUGGGUAAUAUCGAACCGACGAAAAUUUGA